AUGGCGUCGAAUCUCCUGAAAGCACUUAUCCGAUCGCAGAUUCUUCCAUCUUCGAGGAGGAACUUUAGUGUUGCUGCCACUCAAAUCGGCAUUCCUACAGACGAUCUAGUCGGCAAUCACACCGCCAAAUGGAUGCAGAUCAGAGUUCAUAGAGGCAUGAUAUCUGCUCGGGAGUUGCUUGAAUUUGACAUUGGACCUAGUUUCUAG